CUUUUUCCCUCCGAACUUCAACCAACACAUACACCCACAUAUCACAACCUUUCCAUUGCGUGGAUUUGUUUUCGAUCUUCACCUGCCCUUACUUAAUCUCCAUCCUCUCCCAAUCUGGCAAAUUCUCCAACAAAACCUCCAUCCAUUAACCUAAUUUUCUAUAACUUAGUCCACACACUCCAGCCAAACCAAACACAUGAUCUAUUAUUCUUUUGAUGUUAACUUGUCUUUUCUCUUUUCAAUUCCCUCACUCAACCACUCAAUUCCAAAGAAAAUUCCACACUCGUACACAUGAAAAGAGAGAAGGUAAAAAAUAGAGGCAAGAAAAUUGCCACUUUCUUGUAUGUUGUAAAACAAUAUAAACAAAUCCAUCCAGCAACUCUUAACUAACUGCUUCUAGCUAGCUCCUUCGAUUGGUCAAAGUUGAAUAAUGCAAUUAUUAUUCAAGCAACUUUCUGCUCCUCAUCAAGAAAACCACUCAUCACCUUCUUUUCCUUGAAAGAAAAUUUUAUUAAUUCCACCACUAUGCAUUACACUCCACAUUUUCUUUAGAAUAUGUUGGAAACAAAACCUUCACUUUCCAUGACAACUUAAUCAAAGCCUCAAUUCUCUUCAUAGCCCAUCAAUGGAUGGACUUGUAAAGUCUCAAGUUCCUCAUGAACGUUCCCUCCUUGCUCUCUUCAAAUCAUCACCCUCUUCAUCAUCGUUAUCUUCCUCAUUCUCUUCUUCUUGGACCUCUGAAGUAGUCCUUCAGACAAGGUCCAAGAUUCGGCGUGAAGGUGAGCCUAACAAUGUAGCAGACUUGAGAUCGGAACAAACACGUUCUCACAUAAUAGAAAAUGAAGCAAUUCAAGGUGUGGGAUUCAUCAAUGGCAUUGAUGGUCACAGUGGAAUGGAGUGGAAGGAUUUGGAGAAACGGUUCGACCAGGUGGCACGAACCGGAAGUGGAGCCGAACCGGUUGUGACAUGGUCCGAAUUUGGCUUCUGCAUUGGGAUGCACUCAUCACCAGAGUUUGCCAACGAAUUACUCAGAGCACUGAGACGCGGCAAGGGCUGGAAAUCCAAUAUCACCAAAACUGAUUUGUACCAUCUUUGGUUUCGGAUGAAGGAUAAUUCUUUUAACUCAAGAAUGCGAAUAUUCUUUGACAUGUGUAACAGAAACAAGGAUGGAAGAAUUACCGAGACAGAUAUAAAGCAGACAAUUUUAUUAACCGCUUCUACAAAUAAGCUAUCCGUGACACAUGAUGAAGCAGAGGACUAUGCUUCUUUGAUCAUGAAAUUUCUAGACAAGAAAAACAAAGGCUACAUUGAGAUAUCUCAAAUGGGGUCUCUAUUCAAGGCAACAAAUCUAUCAAAUUCAAAGGCACAUUCUCCAAUGAAACAAGUAUCAUCAGUAGGUAGCAGCACACACAAUGUUCUUCAUAACACUAGCGGUGACUUUUGUGAAGAACAACAAGAACCAAUGUCAAGGACUGAAGUUUUGUUCAGAACUUAUUGGAGACGUGCUUGGAUUGUUCUGGUUUGGUUGCUUGCAUGCUUGGGAUUGUUUGUGUGGAAAUUUGUUCAAUACCGCCAUAGAUCAGGGUUUGAAGUCAUGGGUUAUUGUCUUCCUACUGCUAAAGGUGCAGCUGAGACCUUAAAACUCAACAUGGCUCUUGUUCUUCUUCCUGUUUGUAGAAACACAAUCACGUGGCUCCGCAAACACCGUCCGAUCAACUCUGUUGUUCCAUUCAAUGACAACAUUAACUUCCACAAGCUUAUUGCAGGAGGAAUAGUGGUGGGUGUGAUCCUGCACGGUGGAACGCACCUUGCGUGCGAUUUCCCAAGAAUCAGUGAGUCGGAUAAAUCAAUAUUCCGGCAAACUAUUGCCGCAGGAUUCGGGUACCACCGGCCAACGUACACGCAAAUUUUGGCGACGACGGAGGUGGCCAGUGGGAUAGGCAUGGUGGUGUUAAUGGGCAUUGCAUUUGCACUGGCAGCCAAGUGGCCACGGCGUCGGUCACCGGUGCUGCCGGUGUCCCUCCGUCGUGUCACUGGUUACAACACAUUUUGGUACUCUCACCAUUUGUUUGUCCUUGUCUAUGCCCUGCUCAUUAUUCACUCCAUGUUCUUGUUCCUAACCGACAAGUUGAUGGAGAAAACGACAUGGAUGUACAUUGCUUUUCCAGUUUUAUUAUACGCUGGGGAGAGGAUCUUUCGAGCCAUUAGAUCUGGAUCUUACGAAGUUGAUAUUUUGAAGGCAAGUAUAUGUCCAGGAAAAGUUUUGUACCUCAAAAUGCAAAAACCAGAAGGUUUUAAGUUCCAUAGUGGCAUGUAUAUAUUCAUUCAGUGCCCCCAAAUUUCGCCCUUUGAAUGGCAUCCAUUUUCCUUGACUUCAGGGCCACAAGAUGACUACCUCAGUGUGCACAUUAGAACACUCGGAGACUGGAGCUACCAAAUAUAUGAUCUAUUCCAAGAGGCAGUGUUAUCACGAUCAAAAGGGUGUCCAAAACUGUACAUAGAUGGCCCUUAUGGUUCUGCUGCUCAAGACCAUGUAAAGUACGACAUUCUAGUACUAAUUGGUCUUGGCAUAGGAGCAACACCUUUCAUUAGCAUCCUUAAAGAUGUAGUUAAAGGUGUCCAGACAACGCAAAAUGAUCAUAGUGGUCUCAGACAAUGCAGCCUAACAAAGGGUCCAUUAAAAGCAUAUCUUUAUUGGGUUACAAGAGAGCCAAACUCUUUUGACUGGUUUAGAGAUGUCAUGAAGGAAAUCUCAAAUUCAACUAAAAAACAGUCGGUUGUGGAGAUGCACAAUUUCCUGACAAGUGUACAUCCAGAAGGAGAUAUUCGUUCAGCUUUGCUAAGUGUUAUUCAGGCCUUGCAUGUUGCCAAGAAUGGCACUGACAUAGUUUCCAGGACUCAAAUACACACACAUUUUGCUAGACCAAAUUGGUUCAACAUAUUUUCUAGAUUGGCUCGCAAGCAUGGAGGAGCUAAGAUUGGGGUUUUCUAUUGUGGACCAUCUAAAUUAGCAAGAGAAUUGAAGAAGUUGUGCACCAAAUUUUCCACCAAAACCACAACUAGAUUUGUUUUCCACAAGGAAAAUUACUAAACUUGUUUCUGAUGGAACAUAUCUGUUGAAGCAAUUCCUUAAUUAGGAAAGCAGUUCAGAAUCUUGGACAGUUUCCUUCUAUUUUGCCAGAGAAUUUGUAAAUAUAUUUGCUGCUCUGGUGUCUCCGACAUACCAACUUCGAAGAGGAUUCGGCAAUUGAAAAAUGAAAGAAAAUACGUCAGUCUUCAUUGUUCGUUGCAAGUUGAGUAUGUGUAUCCAUGCUAUUUCGGUAUUUGCUAUACACCUCAGGUAGCAAAUCAUACUUUUAGGAGAAGUAUAAACAAAAUAAAUUUUACAAAAGUACGAGAGUGACUAUUCUAUUACAAACAUACUCCGUAAUUAUCUGGUCUUUACUUUAAAUAUUAAUCUAGGUCCAUCUUUUUUUAAAAAACAAUUCUUGUAUUACAAUUCUCUCAUAUGUCAAGGCAGCAAACUUUAUAGACUGAGCUAAAGAACAAAUCUUGUACAAUUUAACGGGUAUCCGUAUAACAACAUGUCAAUAAACUGUGGAUUUUGAAUCUA